AUACACAAAGCUGCCCUAGAGGGUGAGAUCCAACUUGACAUGUGUCCCAAGCAUUGUUCGCUGAGGCCACGCACAGGGCAGCCCGGACUAGUCAGGUCCAUCUUGGCGGAAGAUCCCAAAGCCCUAGACUCGAAAGACGAGGUGAGUAAUAAUCGUGCAAGUCGGGGCCAGUCAUGGGUCACCCUGUGAUCGAUAUCCUUGUCUGCCUUGUCUGCGUUCGCAAUGACGCUCACGCUCACGCUCACGCUCACGCCUUGCAAUUGUAGGACGGCCGAACACCACUCCAUUGGGCGGCUACCACGAGUUCAUUACCGAUGAUUCAGCUUUUAUUGGAUCAACGUCCGAACCUCGAAGCGAAAGAUACAAUGGGAUGGACAGCCUUGAUGGUUGCGUCUGCUGCUGGUCGAAUUGAAGCUGUCAAUGAAUUGUUGGAGGCUGGUGCGAAUGUCGAUGCGGUGAAUGAGAAGGGUCAGACGAGUCUACAUUAUGCCGCUUCGAAAGGGAACGUUCAAAUUGGCCGAGCAUUGAUAGCCAAGGGAGCAGAUAUCAACGCUAAGGAUCGCGCUUCUCAACAUCCUCUACAUCGAGCGGCGACUACAGGAUCCGAAGCGUUCCUCAAGAUCUUGUUAAAUCCUCCAGAAGGAAGACCGAAGACGAGACUGAACGGAGCUGAUAGAGCUGGAAACACACCAUUACAUCUGGCCAUGGAGUCUGGGCACGGGGAAGCCGCUGCUAUCUUGAUAGAGGCAGGAGCGGAUCGCGAGCGGACGAACGGUGAUGGGCAAGUACCCGAAGAGAUCGAUGGCGUCGGUGGACAGGAGCAGAAACGAGUUCGAGAGUACCUUGUCUCGAGAGUUGGCACACGACGGGGCUUCUGAACGGAUUGCGGGGUGAUAAGCAUGGCACAGAGGCAUAAGAUUGAUGUUAUCAUUGG